AUGAGUUUAGCUGUUUUACCCGAAUACGACCCUCUAAUCACCGGGUUACCAACCAUGGUGCAAGUCGGUGAGAAUGCUCUGGUGAACUGCACAUCAGACUACUCGCUGCCAGCAGCGACCAUCGACUGGUUCGUGGAUUCAGAGCCUCAAGAGCUCAGAGGCAUAACGCCAGGCUGUUUCUUUUAUUGGAAACCUAUAACCGUUGUCAUGAAAGCUGACGUGACUGAGACUCUUGGAUUGAAAGAAGAACCUGAAUACAAUGAUUAUUGUGCUCUUUAA